AUGGGUUUUUUCGGAAGACUGUUCGGGAGUAAGAAGCAGGAGAAACCAGCACCGACGAAGAACAACAGACGAAAAUGGAGCUUCUCCACCACCACAAGAUCCUCAAAUGCGGCGACGGCUCCAUCGGCGCCGUCUUCUCAUCCAAGCAAGAGACGUGGAGAUGAAGACAGCUUCGACGCCGACAAGCAUGCGAUAGCCGUCGCGUCUGCCACCGCCGCGGUGGCUGAGGCAGCACUAGCGGCUGCUCAUGCGGCGGCAGAGGUCGUGAGACUCACCGGAAGAGGCGGUGGUAGAACUUCGUCGGUAACCCAAAACAAUCGGAAUAAUCGCCGGUUGGCUCAAGAGUAUGUAGCAGCGACGAAGAUUCAAUCCGCUUUCCGUGGCUACUUGGCGAGGAGGGCACUGAGAGCACUGAAGGCGCUAGUGAAGCUUCAAGCGUUAGUGAAGGGGCACAUAGUAAGGAAACAAACGGCUGAUAUGCUGCGUCGGAUGCAAACGCUGGUUCGGCUCCAGGCUCGAGCCCGAGCAUCGCGUUCUUCUCACACUCCUGACUCAUCCCACUCUACAACGUUAAUGGUUCCUUCUUCCCCACAAUCUUUCCACGCAAGACGCGUUUCGGAGGCUGAAUACAGCAAAGUCAUCGCCAUGGACCACCACCACCACAACCACAACCACCGUUCACAGAUGGGUUCUAGCCGGUUAUUGUUAGACCAAUGGAGGACAGAGGAAAGUCUAUGGAACGCACCGUCGCACUACAACGAAGACAAUGACAAGAUCCUAGAAGUGGACACUUGGAAGCCUCGCUACCGCAAGGAGUCACCGAGGAAGAGAGGAGGAUCUCAUGUGGUUCCGACAAGUGUGGAUAACAGUCCACAAGUAAUGUCUAGACCAGGAAGCAGCAGUGGUGGUUCAAGGAGGAGAACGCCUUUCACGCCAACAAGAAGCGAGUACGAGUACUACUCCGGGUAUCACCCUAACUACAUGGCUAACACUGAGUCCUACAGAGCGAAAGUGAGGUCACAAAGCGCGCCAAGACAGAGGCUAGAAGAGCUGUCUUCAGAGAGUGGCUACAAGAGGUCAGUGCAGGGACAGUAUUACUACUACACAGCAGCUGCAGAGCGAUCAUUUGAUCAUCGUUCUGAUAAUGGGGUCGCCGGUUACAGAGGAGUUUCUGACCGGUUAGUUCAUAACCAGAGUGAGAAAUCGAAGAUGUAUUCUUCGUUUCUCAGUUCCGAUCCUAGUAUUUUGUUUUAA